GUGUUACUUUACCUUUCAAAGAUACGUUUGCGGUGUAAUUUUAGUUUAAUGUUCAUAUUUAUAAGGUCCGUUAAAACCGUGUCGUAUCUGGAAACAAAUACGCGAUACAAAUACAAUGGACACGCUGACAUUUGGACGUUAUGUAAUGCCCGAAAUAACUGAUCUGUCUAAUUAUAAGUAGGAGUUACGGAAUACAUAAUGCGAUACAUCUCGCCACGGUCAACAUAUAACUGAGGCGUUGAACGGAGCUUUUGUCUGUGAGGAACCAAAGCAGACAGGAUGGGUGAGCGGAAAGGAGUAAACAAGUAUUACCCUCCGGACUUCAAUCCGGCGAAGCAUGGCUCUCUCAACGGCUACUGGAAGACUCACCCCCUGCGGGAGAGGGCCAGAAAGCUGUCACAGGGCAUCCUCAUCAUCCGGUUUGAAAUGCCCUACAACAUCUGGUGUGAUGGCUGUAAGAAGCACAUAGGCAUGGGGGUGCGAUACAAUGCAGAGAAGAAGAAAGUUGGGAAUUACUACACCACACCCAUCUAUCGGUUCAGGAUGAAGUGCCACCUGUGUGUGAAUUACAUCGAGAUGCAGACGGACCCCGCCACCUGCGACUACGUUAUUGUGAGCGGGGCACAGCGCAAGGAGGAGCGCUGGGACAUGGCGGAGAAUGAGCAGAUCCUCACCACCGAGCAUAGUGAGAAGGAAAAGCUGGAGACGGACGCCAUGUACAAGCUGGACCACGGAGGGCGGGACAAGGAGAAGCUGCGCGCCUCUCUGCCCACGCUCAAUGAGUUGCAAGAACAGCAGGCUGCCUGGAAGGAUGACUUUCAGAUCAACAGCGCCCUCCGCAGGAAGUUCAGAGAUGAGAAGAAGGUUAUAGCCGAAGAGGAGCAGAAGGACGACGAGGUGAGGAAGAGGAUGGGUCUGUCCAUCCCACUGCUCCCAGAGAAGGAAGAGGACAAGAAGCUGGCCUCCCUGCUGACCUUUCAGAGCCCGGAAUCCUAUGAUGACCGGCAGCAGAGCAAGCGCAAGGAAAUCUCGUCCCGCUCGUGGUUCAGCUGCCCCACCGGCCAGCAGGCGAGUCCGGCUGGGAGCCUCCUUCACAGACUGACUCUGGGGGCCCGGGGGGCCGCGGGGGCCUCUGCGGCAAAGAUGUCCUCAGCAUCGUCCUCAGCCAGCCCGCUCGGACUCAUCCGGAAGAAGGGGGUCGGCGGGAAAUCGCCGUGCGCUGCCGUGUCAGCCCGCAGGAAAUCCAGCACCGAGGACACGCUUUCUGACACCACGGAGGAGAGGGUGGCUUCUGGACUUUCGGAGGGAGGUGUGGUGGGGGGCGGGUGGGCGGAGCCUCAAAGCAAAGUGACCAAUCAGGAGUCAGAAAUGAUGGGAAAGUGCAACGAGGCUGAUGACCCCCCUGCUGGUACUUCAAGGACAGAUGGAGCUUCAGCAUCAUGUGGGAAUCGUCAGGGAGAGGACAGCAGGGAGGGGGCCUCUUCUGCUUUGAGGUCUCUGGUGGCAGACUACAGUGACUCAGACUGA